UGCAGGAUUAUGAUUCACCAAGGGAACCGAACUGAACCUUUUUCGCUGGCGCCCAGUUCUGAGUUACUGCACGUUGCCAGGACACUCCUAAACCGUACAAUUGCAGAUUGGUACCAGAUUGCUCGUCUGGUUUAUACUGGAAAGAAAAUAUUGUACCGGUCCGACCUACUCUCCACUGUACAUCAAUUUAUACCGACCUACCGGUGGCAAAGGUUGUUGCCCGAUUUGAAAAGUUGGUCAGUGGGAACCAUCCAGCAUCGUUUGGCCGAAAUGAAGACCAGUGUGUGUGUGUCACGCGCUUUUGUAGACCGUUGCUUGGAACUGCACUCUCAAGGCCGGUUAGACUCCGAAUUGGCUUCCAUGGCGAAGUAUUGGACAAGCGAUUUGGUCAACCGGGUGGCUUACGACGCGGUUCAGAUGCACGGCGGAUGGGGCUACAUGUGGGAGUAUCCGGUGUGUCGGACCUAUGUUGACGCUCGCGUGCAGUCCAUAUAUGGCGGAUCCAAUGAAAUCAUGAAAGAACUAAUUGCCCGAUCCAUAGUGAAAUCCUAAUGGUCGCUUCACGUACUUGUGUGUGUGUGUGUGCCAAAAUCUGCAUACUUCAUAUUUUUUACGAAAAAGCGAUUUAACAACUAUUCCUUCAGCGCUGUGCACCAACUCUUCAUCAUGUUAUUCUUUCCUUCAUACAUUUUCCAUAAGCAUACACAAUUUUGCUUUGUAUCGGCCUUUUUCCUUGCUUACUGUGUGUUUGUUUCAGCAUUUCGUUGUCG